GCAGAAACAGACAAGACAGUCUAGUGCCAGAGUUACUGGUGUAUAUUACAAUUCAUCUACUUAUCCAUUGAAGUUCGGUUGAAAAGCCUUGAAACCUCCUGUAUUAUAUUUUCUUCAGGACACUCGGCUAAGUUCGGGAGCUACACACUCAUGAACCUGGGAAGCAACACCAUUCUGGACUUCCAGCUUGUUCAGAGCAAUGAAGUAGGUGGUAGUUACCACAUGGAAAAGGAGGGACUCAAAAGAUGCCUAGAUCAUCUGGAGUCAAAGGAUUUGGCGGUUGAGUACAUUGUGACUGACCGUCAUCCGCAGAUCCAGAAGUACCUGAGGGAACGCAACAUCGAACAAUUCUAUGAUGUGUGGCACUUUGAAAAAGGUUUGUCCAAGAAACUUCUGAAACUUACACAGAACAAGGACUGUGACACGAAGUUGAAGAGGUGGCUGCGCAGCAUAAAAAACCAUGUAUACUGGAGUGCGACGAGCACAACCUCGGGGCCGGAGAAGGUGGCAAGGUGGACGUCACUGGUCAACCACCUACAAAACGUUCACGUGCAUGAUGACCCCCUGUUCCCCAAGUGCACACAUCUUGUAGGAGCCGCAAGUGAUGCAAAUAAACCUUACCUAAAAGGUGGCUCAAUAACACUCGCCAGAGUUGAAACGAUACUCACCAACAAGAGAGUUCUCAAAGAUGUGCUAAAGCUAAGCCAUCACUACCAGACCUCAUCCCUGGAGUCCUUCCACAACUUAAUUCUGCGUUUUACCCCAAAAAAUGUGGUUUUCCCCUUCAUUGGAAUGUUGUGCAGGUCGUGUCUAGCAGCAAUGCAUCACAACGAGAAUGCUGGGCGUGACCAAGCGACAACUGCUGCAGGAAAACUUGUCUUCAAAUUGGCUUAUCCAAAAUCAAAGAGGGGAGAGUGUACGGUCAAGUCUGUUAAGAACGACCCUACAUACAUCUAUGUGGAUGAGCUGACGAAGCUUGUGUUUCACAAAGUCUUUCUGGACCCUACACCCUUUGUGGACGAGCUGAAACGAAUCCACGUCCCAGAGGACCUGUCAACUCAAUUUGACAGGCCCCCCAAGGAGGAAAUGAUUGUCAGCCGUUUCUCCCGUUUCCCCCCAAAGGAGGUCGAAAUCCUACAUAUUGUCCAGCCAGAUCUGGAAACUCCUGGCGGAUCCGGAGCACAACACACGACGGAAUCACCACUCUGAUGCCUCGCCCUAAAUAUCCCCAGCACCAGCUUACAAAGCUGCGAUACGCAAGAUAUCGAAAACGCCUAUCGGGAGAGGAAUGGAUGAUGUACAUUACAUUCAAAUAUAAAUAUACAUUCACACAUUUUGUACAUUUGUAAAAAUAAAGUUUGAUGGAAAUAC